UCGGGGUGUUUCCACCAUCGCUUUCUAGUGCUUUAAAUCCCAGAGGCAAACUUCUGGGGAAAUAAGGAGGUUUGGAAGGGGGCUGUGCCUCAACCUUCUCUACUUGGGAACUGAGCUGGACCUGGCGGUGAUUACGCAGCUGCUUGGGCUCUUACCAUGGCCCCUGAGAGGGGCUGAUACUGUAGUUCCCGGUGCAGGUGAGGUCCCGCCCCAAGGAAGAAGGAAGAAGGCACUGGCAGGGGACCAGGAGGCGGAGGAGGCCUCCGAGCUGGGGACAGAGGGGUCCCAGUGGAAGCCGGAGUCGAGGCAGUGGACCUGGCCGGCUCAGGGAGGACCGUGAGAUGCCGGUGCUGAAGCAGCUGGGCCCCACGCAGCCCAAGAAGCGGCCAGAUCGAGGCGCCCUGUCCAUCUCGGCGCCACUAGGUGACUUUCGACACACAUUGCACGUGGGGCGCGGGGGCGAUGCCUUCGGGGAUACCUCCUUCCUGAGCCUCCAUGGCGGCGGGCCGCCUCCUGAGCCCCGGGCUUCACCUACCGGCGCCCCUCGCACGGCAGCGCCGCCCACCGUCCCGAAGCCCCCAGCUUCCAUCCUCAGCGCACCGGCGCCCGCUGACCCUCUGCUGUCCUUCCAUCUGGAUUUGGGCCCUUCCAUGCUAGAUGCGGUACUGGGCGUCAUGGACGCAGCGCGUCCAGUGGCUGCAGCCGUCAAGCCCGACGUGGACGCCCCCUCCGGGACGCAGCACCCCAGGGCCCGCUGCUGCCCCAAUGCGGCCCUCGAGUUGGACGACGUCAUCGGCCUUUAGGUUCCCCCAAUCCUUGCACCCUCCUCUCCUGACACCCCAGUUCUGUAUACAUA